GACGAAUGUUUUGAUGCCUCAGUGGACUCGCAUCAUAUCAGCGCUCUGUUUUUAACACUUUGAAGUGCACCUAAGGAUCGAUUUUGUCACGAAAUUACUCAUUCAAUUCUCCGAGACUACAUAGAGGCGAAAUGUUUGGUAAUCUCGUGAACAAGAACGCUCGCGCAGCUUUCAAAGAAUAUGGUGAACAAUGUGGCGCAUUGGCGAGCAUUGAAGUUGCUGCCAGCUCUACAGAAAACCCCCACAACCCAAAGUUUGUUGCUGUUGCGAAACUUGGUGAUCGCGCCUUUCUUCCCGCCACAGCUUCAUCAAAGAAGGAUGCUAAGGAAUAUGCCGCAGAUCUAGCAUUGCAAGAACUUGCUCAAGAACCUCAUGCCAGGUUUCAAGAGAAUAUCAUGGGAGCAAAUGGAGGAGAAAUGCCAGAAAUCCAUCAUGGGUUUGCUGGAAGACGCAGAAAUGUUCACACCCGCAGGCAGCAUGCAAAGAUGAAGAGCACUGAGCUGUCAGCACCACCAGACAAAGACCCUGUGAUGUUGCUUAAUGAGUUUGGACAAAAACGAGGCCAGCUUGUGAAGUUUGAAGAUGUGCAGUGCAUGUAUCCUGGAUUAUACAAGGCUCAGGUUACUGUAGGAGAGGUAACAUUUGGACCAAAGUCAAGUUCCACCAAGAGAAUGGCUAGAAAGUUUGCUGCUAUUGAGGCACUGAAAACUCUGAUGAAUUGGGAACCUGCAGAGGGUCUUUAUGACGCCCCAGAGGAAAGUCCUCACUGGUCUGUUGGUCCUGGUGGUCCUGCCCCAGGAAAAGCUGUCUUGUUACGCAAAGAUCCCAUCAUGCUUUUGAAUGAGCACUGUCAGAGGAACCAGCUGAAGAUUUCAUAUGAGGAUCUUCCUCACUUGGGCCCUGAUCACAAGAAGACUUUUUCAUGCCAAGUCAUUGUUGGAGAGAGGAUUUUUAAAGAAGGUUCUGGUCCAACCAAGAUUGUGGCCAAGAAGAAUGCAGCCAUGCAUGCUCUGGAAAGCCUGUUUGACAUGCCCGUCGAAAUAGCUUCCACGCCAGGAGUUAUUGGCCAGGCUAAUCAGAUGAAAGUUGACAGGCAUCCUGUCAGCAUUUUGAAUGAACAUGGACAAAAGAAAGGAGUUAAGGUUGAAUUUGAAGACAUGGGUUAUUCAGGCCCUGACCACCUCAGAACAUUCAACUUCCGAGCAGUGGUGGGUGAUGUGACAUAUGACACUGGAAAUGGUCGCAAUAAGAAAGAGGCAAAGAGAGAAGCAGCAGCACUUGCUCUCCAAAGUUUGGGUUUCCAAGUCAAUGUUGAUUUAACAAAGAGGAUCUCCACUGCUGAAGAAGAAAUUUCAGUUCCCCCUGAAGAGCACAAACUGUCCCUAACUGAUGGUAAAAGCACAGUCAGCGCCUUGUAUGAGCUCUGCCAGGCUCACCACUUGCCACAACCACAUGCACUGGAAAAACAACCAGAGGGAAAAAUAGACCCUACCCUCCAUUACUGUGCUUACAAAGUUGGUGAGGAGCUGUAUGACUUGGGAGCUGGUCGAACUAAGAAGGCAGCGAAGGAGGCUGCUGCUCAACAUGCAGUGGCAUCUAUUUUAAAACUGAAAGGGCUCCAGCAUGUUUACAACCCAGGGACCACCAGUGAAGGGGAUGAGAUAGCAGCAAUGUGUUGGAACCACUUGUCAAUUCUGAGUCGUGAUGCACCAGAGGGCUGGAGAUUUGCUGGGUACAAAGUUGUGGCAGCAUUUGUAAUGCAGGAUGGUGAUGAUGAUCCUGGGGCUGUUGUGAGUUUGGGAACAGGAAACAAAUGCAUUAGUGGUGAUCAACUGCGCAUGAAUGGAACAACAGUGAAUGACUCGCAUGCUGAGGUGAUAGCACGAAGGAGUCUGCUGAGAUUUUUCUAUUUCCAUCUGAAAGUCUUGUUCAGUGGACAAACAGAUGUGAAGAGUAUCUUUGUACAGAAGGAAAGGCAAGGAAAGAUUCAGCUUAGGGAUGGAAUAAAGUUUCUUCUGUAUGUGAGCACAGCUCCCUGUGGUGAUGCUGCCAUCUUUGUGAAUGAAAAUUAUUCCAGCCCAGAAGAUGCCACUGAAAGUAAAGCAUUGUUUGGCUCCAGGCAGCAAGGCCUGUUACGAACAAAAGUGGAAAAAGGAGAAGGAACAAUACCUUUGGAUCCUCAGGAUGGUAUUCAGACUAUUGAUGGAAUCCACAGUGGUCAGAGGUUGCGCACUGCUUCGUGUAGUGACAAAAUAGCUAAAUGGAACGUCCUAGGUGUCCAGGGGUCUCUUCUCAGCGUCUUGAUUGAGCCUGUCUACAUCAACUCCAUUAUUCUUGGAAAGCUCUUUCACUCAGGCCACCUCAGCCGUGCUGUGAGCAUGCGUGUGGAGCGUGACAAUGAUAACAGCUUUUCAAACAAACUUCCGGGUUCUUACCAUGUCAAUCAUCCUAAACUGGAGGAAGGCCACCUUGUCAUGCAGGACGGCACGCGAGAAGUUGAAACAAAAUGUAAAACCAAGGUGCUAUCGUUAAACUGGUCAGCGGGUCAGGACACGUCAGUCGAGGUGUUUGAUGGAUGCCUAGGUAUUGCACCGAGCAAGAUGGGCAAGCCAUCUCGUCUGAGUCGGCAGGCCUUGUACGCGAGCUUGAAAGAGGUUAUCAAAUACAGCCAAGAUCUUGGACAUCGUCAAAUUCUUGAUGCACAGAGUUACCGCAGCGCCAAAGAGCUGGCAACAGACUAUCAAAAGACCAGAACUAUGUUGUACAACCGCUUACAAGAAACUGGGUACGGCUCCUGGGAUUUGAUGAAAAAACCCCCGGAACUGAGUCAUUUUAAUUAAGUAUGUGUUCGUUAUGUUGGUAGUUUUACUUACAAAGAACAGAUUCUUACGAGUUCAGUACUUUUCUCUGUUAUGUUACGUAUUUAACUUACAUAAGGCUUUAUCAAGGGAGUAGCCAGGGGUGUGCUCUAGUGCAUUUUAAUCCCCCUUUCCCUCUUUCCCUCUGUUGUCCGUAAGACCCCCCUUCCUGGCCCCUGGAUUUUUUUUCUUAUUCUGAC